AUGGAGGAAGAUCUCCAGGUCCUGGAUGCCAUCUUUGUCCCCACGUUCAGCAACAUACACAGCGUCGAUGUCUUCGUCCCAGACGACAAGCACGUCUUCUACUCCCGCAGUGAAUUCACGUACAACCCAAAGCUGUGGCCGCGGGACGAGCUGCACAAAGAUUUCCUCAACCUGUCCCAUUGCUUCGGUGCGCAGAGGUCGACCGUACGAGUGCCUGAUCUUGACCCCAAAUACAAGAUCUCGGUCCUUGCUUCAAAGCAGGACCAUUGCUUGUUUGAUUUGUUGUAUAGAUGGCAAGAAGGCAGGCUUCCAGUUGACAUUAGUUGUGUCAUAAGCAACCAUGAUAGACCAGAAGAUAAUCAUGUGCAACGAUUUCUUCAGAGGCAUGGUAUUCCAUAUCACUACUUACCGACCACAUCUGGGAACAAAAGGGAGCAAGAGAUACUAGAAUUGAUUGAAGGCACAGAUUUUGUUGUGCUGGCAAGAUAUAUGCAGAUACUGUCAGAAAGCUUUUUAAAAUCAUAUGGUAAAGAUAUUAUUAAUAUUCAUCAUGGCCUUCUUCCCUCAUUUAAGGGAGGGCAUCCUUCUAGACAGGCCUUCAAUGCUGGGGUAAAGUUGAUCGGUGCAACUAGCCAUUUUGUCACUACCGAACUUGAUGCUGGGCCAAUAAUUGAGCAAAUGGUUGAGCGAGUUUCUCACAGAGACACACUACAGAGUUUUGUUGUGAAGUCUGAGAACCUUGAGAAGCAAUGCCUAGCAGAGGCUAUUAAGUCAUACUGCGAGCUCCGUGUCCUUCCAUAUGAACUGAAGAAAACUGUUGUAUUCUGAGCUAAUUUUUCUUACAGAUUGGUGUGAUGUGUAUUAUUUUUCACAAAAUAAGCAAAAUGAUUAAAUUUUUCUGUAUCUGCGCAA